GACACUAUACUAGCACUGACGUGUGGAGUGGAGGGGUCUUUGCCAAAGCUGGACACAUAACUACAAAGAUCAAGAGGAAUGGCUUCUAUUGUCUGUAGCGAUCAACAUGUUGCUAUUACAAGUGGUUCUAAAGUAAAGGUGAUCUCCUACAGCGAUCCAAGCGAGGAGGUUGUGUUUAAUUUGAAGGCGAAAGCCAAGGAGUCAGAGGACAAAGGAAAUGAAAAGCAGAAAGAACAGAAGAAACCCGAGGACAAACCACUUGGAGGAAUAAUAGACCCCCAUGUUCCGACUGGGCGUGUUCUAGCUGCAGCCUUCUCUGGGAGCGGGAUGUACUUUGCAGCAUGCACAGACGAGAAGGAAUUGACACUGUGGACCACAACUCCUAGCUGGAAUAGAGUAUGGACAAGGAUGGUGGUAAAACGUUGCAUGGCAGUGACAUUUGAUAAUAGUGAGACCGCCCUCUAUGUUGCAGACAAGGCAGGUGAUGUGUAUCGAUUUGAGAUUAGCGAUGAGAACAAGGAGUCGGUCUUGAUCCUUGGCCAUGUAUCUAUGCUGUUGGAUGUGGUAAUCUCCCAUGAUGAUAACUUCAUCUUGACGGCUGAGAGAGAUGAGAAGAUAAGAGUUAGUCAUCUUCCCAAUGCGUACAACAUACACAAUUACUGUUUAGGGCACACAGAAUUCCUCAGCAGACUAUAUAUUCUGUCAUCAGACCUACUGAUUUCCUGUGCAGGGGACUCAACUAUGAUGCUGUGGGACUACAAGAAAGGAAAAGAACUAUGUAGGACUUCUUUUGAUUGGGCCAGACCUUCAUCAGAAGAGCGUGGAGCUAAAAACAAGGUUACCGUGACGUGCAUAUCUUGCUUCAAAAAGCACAAUCUUGUUGCGGUGACAUUAUUAGAUCAUUCCACCGUUCCGGUUUACCAUGUCACAGCAGAGAAAGAUGGACAUUGGACCUUCCAAGAAGUCACAAGGCUCCAAUGCAAGCAUCCUCCAUGGUCAUUAGCCUUUGACCCAAAUGGAAGACUACUGGUCCUAGUACCUAACCCUGAGGAACCCCUCCUUGUAUGUGUGAUAGAACCAAAUAAAGAUGGUGUUCUACAGGUUUCAGAAAAUGUUUCAAAAGAGGACAGUGCAGCACUUCUUGCUCAAAAGGCGAAGAACGAUUGGGAAUUCUUAAAAUGUUCUUGCAACGUUCAGAGUGUCUUACGAGGUCUUCACAAGGUGCCCUAUGACAACAUGCCAGACUACCGCCAGAGGAAACAGCAGCGGAUAGAGUAUAACCAGUCAAAGAAGGGCCACAGGAAGAGAGCCAGGAAACUCAACAAGAAACGUCCUCUAGAGGGCGCUGCAGACAAUGGUGAUGCCCCUAAAAGGACUUUGCUUGAUGAAGGUGGUGAUGAUGAUGAUCAGGGGGAGAAUGGUGAUGAGGGAAAUACCAAUUCAGUUGAAAUGGAGGCAGUGGAAUCGACUUCAUAGCAAGAGCAAAGUGGACUAUUUAGGAUCAUUCAUUGAAAUUGAUGAAGGUGGUGGUGAUGAGGAGGAGGACGACGAUCAUGACAAGGACAGUAAUGACGGAAAUACCAAUUCAGUUUAAGUGGAGACAGUGGAAUCAACUCUAUAGCAAUAGCAAAGUGGAUGUACAGAACGUUGCAAUAGUGUUCCUACAUGACAUCACAAGUUGCCAUGUUGGAGGACAUAACAAUUGGAUGCAGAUGUGUUGUUGCUCAGUGGAUAAUCUGAAUUUUGAACCACAAGGUCCGGGGUUCAAAUCCCAUGGCAACACUCGCGCCCUUUUAGCAAGGCGUUUAUCUACAUUUGCCACUCUCCACCCCGGUGUAGUAAGUGGGUACCCAGCAGGAAGGAAUUCCUUGCUCGAGCAUCCGAUCAGGGUAGCCGUGCUCAAGCCGGGGUAAUAGAAUGCAGCGCUUUGUAUCAAGCGCUAUAUGAGCGUAAUAAUCAUUAUUAUUAUUGUUGUUGUCCUCAAGCAUGGCUGCUUAUGGGAACCUCUAUCAUGUAAGUGAAUGAUGGCGAACAGUCACUACCAUUUUCAAAAGCUGCUUUAACAAGUCAACCUUCAAUUCGUUGAAUAAUAUAGUCCAAGUCAAGGCAAGUCUUCAGACUCAAUUGUGCCAAUUCAUCCAAUUACCAACUUGUCUACUAUCAUUUGGUCUACCAACAGUUGGUACACUAUCCACAUGGUCUAAUUGCCAUUUCUUCCACUCACCAUUUCGUCUAAUAACCAGUUGGUCCAAUACCCAUUUAGUCCAUAUGUCAUUUGGUGUAACUUGACUAAGUGUAAAUUGGGUGAAAUGAAUGAAAAGAAAACGAGUACAAGAUCAACUAGUUAAGAGAUGAACUGUCAUGAGACGAAGUGAUUAUUGGACCAUAAGGUUGACAGACGAAAUGUUAAUGCAUGGAAUAAUAUUAGACUAAAUGAAGGUAGAUCAUGUGAUCAGUGGACAAGUUGGCAAUAGACGAAUUGGCAAUUACCUUUGUAUGUAGGUAUCCACCAUUCUCUUUAAUAGAUCAAAGCAUCACUAAAUACCCCGAGAAAGCUCACUCAAAGGUUGGUUUAUUCUCCAAGAGAACUCUUCUAGGACCAGAGAUAUCUAUUCAACUUUUGAGGAAGCUGACUAUAAGAAGAUUUAUAUAACACCUGGGGGGUGUUUCACAAAGAUUUAAAGAUAAAUGAAAGUAGUUGCAGUAAACACUGAUUUCCCGAGAAAGUCAGUAAAACCAGGCUUAAUUGUCACUAUAUCAUCGAGGAUCUAGAUCUGGUACAGUUACAUAAACUGAACUUUGUGAAAUCUUGAAAUCUACGCUGAAAAAUGUUCACACUGAAGAUCACCAACACAGAUAAGCGCACGUGGGACAGUGUAUUAUUAUUGCUUUGAAUGUCGGCCCGACGCUUGACCCGAAUCCCGUGCUUAUUUGCUAAUUUCUCAGCAAUUACACAAUUUCUUCCAGAAUCCUUUGGCACAUGUUUUUUAUUUAUACAAACAGACACUUUGGUGGUAAUUUCAUUGGAUUCUGUGCGAACUCAUUUUGAAAUCGUCACCACAACUGGCAUUUAUCUUUAAGUAUGGCUUAGAGUCGCACUUAAAUACAAAGUUGAGUAUGGUAUGAAAAGCUUGACCGCAUUGGUCAGAUCGUGUCAUGAGAACGCACACUACUGCGUAUCUAUCGAUAAGAUCGCGCGUUGCGUAUCAUGUACGCAUCGGCAUUUAAGUGCGACUUUAGUCAUACUUAAAUCUUUGUGAAACAACCCCGGAGCUGCCAAUUGGUAGGAUUUUAUCCUAUUUAGUAGGAUUUAUAAGGAGAAUGUGACAGUAACUAGGAUUUUUCCCCUAGAAAUAGGAUUUUGAAACUUCUAAAAGAAGACUCAUAAUUCCAAAUAAUUUUUUUCAAAAAAGACCUACUGGUCUUCAUUUCAUUCUAGAAAUUCUGGUGAUAUUAAAAAGAUGGCCAAACUAAUUAUCAAAUGGAUGUGAUAAAUAAAUACAUUUUUUCAUAAUUCCCUUUCUGUUUCAUGCUAUUGGUUUUUUGUGUGAUAUUGAAAUGAGCCGCAGCACAAAGAGUCUAGCAAUUGAUCUGAUAAUCGUUAUGAUUGAUUGCUAGUAUUUAUCAAGACAAUUGUAAAUCUCAAUCACUAGGCUUUGUGUCAAAGGUUUCUGGAGAUGGAAAUGAUAUUGAUGAUGGUAAUAAUGAUGGUGGUGAUGAUGCGGAUGGUGGUGAUGAUGGUGCUGAUGAUAGUAGUGAUGGAGAUGAUGGUGGUGGUGGUGGUGAUGAUGAUUGAUGAUGAUGAUGAUGAUUCUUUAUUUGUGAGCUAGAAAUCGCCAACAUUGAACUUGAAAUCACAAUAUCCCAGGCCCCAUCACAUCAACACCAGCUGUAACGCUCAGUUCAUCAGCAGAUGGCGUUAAACACCUGGGCCCUGUCUUACAAAGGGUUACGAUUGAUCCAAUCAAUCGUAACUCUAUGGAAAUCCAUCAGUGUCAUAAUUUUUUCUACAGGAAAUUUGCACAAUGUCUUUUGUAAACAAAGAGAAGCAACAAAUUUUCAAGAAAACAAAAAUACAUGAAUAUACAUAGGCCUAAUUGAAAUAUUUUGAAUAAACAUGCACAAUAGUUGUUGAUGGCUUUCCAUAGUUGCGAUCGAUCGGAUCAAUCGCAACUCUCUGUAAGACGGGGCCCAGAUCCCAACAUACUUCCAAGGUCAAUCCUAACACCAGCUUCAUUCAAGUAUGGUGGUGUGCCUGGUGAAGGUGUUAAGACACGAACACCACAUCAACACUGUACAUGAAAUCACCCAAUAUCUUUGGAUUUCCUUUAGGACAAUUCCAUUAAAUAAUCAACCUUUCUGUACUG